AUCAGUACUUCUAAAACCUUUAUGAAACUGACAAUUGCACAUCCUAAUAAGGACAUAGAAUCUAUGAAUAUUUCUGGCCUGGCAGGAAAACUUCAAAAUGGCAGCCUCUUAGGAAGACACGGUUCGCAGGUGAACGUCAAUGCCACCGCUUAUGCGAUAUUUGAUUUAAGUGAAACAUGGUCACUUCAAAACGAAAAUGAGAGUCUUUUCUUCUAUAACAUUACUGGUGGUAACUAUACAGUAUACAACAGACACCAUACUGUACCAAGAUUUCUAGAAACUCUUGUAGCAAACCUGACGGAGCUAUUUAAAACAUUUUCACCUGAAAAUAUAACACUAUUCAAUAAGACGUGUAGAAAUUACUGGAACGGUGAACACAAUGACCAAUGUUUGCUCACAAUAGCUAGAACCAAGGAUUUUAGUCUUGGAUUAGAUAUUAUGACUGAGGUUAAUGAAACAAGAAGGAAAUGGGAGAUACUGCACAAUAAACCUCCUAAAUUUCUUGAUGGAAUGCCGAGAAAUAUAACAAAAGUUUUCAAAACAGAUUUGUAUUGGAAGAUAGACCUGAAAGAAUAUGUAAGUGACGAUACAGACUCCCCGUUAAUAUACGGCAUUCAAACAAGCCUUCCGAAAGAAGAAUAUUCACUCGACAAUGGCGUGUUUAACUGGACUAUCGGAACAGGGUUACGACACAUAGACACGCAUUUUAUUUUCCUUGCGACGGAUCGUCUCAACGCAACAGCAAGGCAUGAGGUUUCUAUACAAUAUUGUGGAUGCAAUGAGCCUGUUGAAUGUAAAUUUGAUGUCGGUCAUUCGAUUUCUACAGGAACACAUAUGCAGAAAGCCACCUGCGAAUGCCUGAAGUAUUAUGAGGGGGAUUUCUGUGAAAAAUUUACAAGUCCUUGUGAGAAUGACACACUUAAAUGUUACGCAGGGCUCUGUAAUUCCACCGUGCCCAGAGCGGACCCAUCGGACAAGACGUGGCCUUGUUCUCCAUGCCCAGUGGGGCGACAUGAAAAAUUUAUCGGCGACAAACAAAACUGCGAAGAUAUUGACGAAUGUACCACUACAGAACACUUAUGUCAUCAGGGGUGUGACAACACUAACGGCUCCUACAGGUGUACGUGUGAGAAAGGAUAUGAUCUUGACAGUGAUGGCUUCCAUUGUAGUGACAUAGAUGAAUGCACCGACCAUAAACUGUGCAGCCAAACUGAAGUAUGCGUAAACACUAUAGGAAGUUAUACAUGCAAUUGUGCACCAGGUUCUAUGCGCCAUGAAGAAACCAAUACAUGCGUACCUAUAGUGGCUAAAACAUACGUUUCAACAAUUUCAUUUUCCGUACUAAUUAUAACACAAGAUGGAUUUGACAAAGAUAUGGUAGAUACUGAGGAGAACAGAAAUAAUAUACAGAUAAAGCUUCAAGAGAGAUAUAAAAAUUCAACAGGCUUUGUAGGAGUACAGGUUGUCAAGAUCUCAAUGACAAUAAUUUCUGAAAACAGCGCAAGAAAGAAACGCGCAAACAGGCAACUUGCUGCUAGUUUGGAUGCACAAUACAUUCUUUACUGGGAAAAUCGAACAGACACAACGACCAUACAGGAAGCUCUCAAAAACGCAUAUUCGGUGGAUAGCACAAACAGCCUGCUAGAGCCAGAUGGGAUAAUCCCUGGCUUAAUUUUGACAAGUGUAGCCAACAUCUCUGUGAAUACAGAUAUCUGCUCCAUUCCUGGACAAUAUGAUUGUGACCAUUCAAGUGCAGAGUGUGUAAACCUGGAAGGUGGCUACAAAUGCCAGUGUUUAGCGGGUUACGAAUACCCGGAGUACAGCAAAAAAUAUUGCACAGAAAUAGAUGAGUGCAAAUUGUUUGUAAACAAUAAUUCAGUAAAAGACCGUUGUGUGCAUGGCUCAUGUGUAAAUGUUCCCGGAUCUUGGAACUGCACAUGCCCUGAAGAUCGGCUGUGGCAGAGUGUUGGUAACGAUGUUCCAGUGUACAGGUGUCAAGGAAAUUACAGUUAUAUAGGUACCAUCAGAGUACAUAUGAUGUCUGCUACCUCGAGCGAAGAAGAAAUAGUCGCCUUUGUUAAAGAUCAGCUGAACCUGACCUUUGGUAAUAAAUCGCUCAAUGAGAAAGCAGAAUACGACACUCAUAUCAGCAGCAUAUUUGUUCAUGCAACUGUACUGAGAUUAGAAGAGGACAUAAGUGCAUCUUACAGAAUAACGUUUAACCUGAGACUGGGUGAAAUUGUUGAUACAGGGAGACUGACAAGUGUAAUGAAAGAUCUUUCCCAAGGACCACACCUUCAUAUAAAUAACCGAUCGGAAGUUUAUUUCCAAGACACUCAUAUAUUUAAUGAUUCAGAAAAUAUUCUUUGCAACUUGACUUCAUAUGGGGAUUGUGACGAAAGGACAACAACGUGCCAGCAACAAAACGGGAAAACAUACUGUAGAUGCAAGUCUGGGUUUGAAAAACGCUAUGAAAUAGAUAAAUUCUGCAGAGACGUGAAUGAAUGUGCAAACGCGACAUACAAAUGUCUUGGAGGGAGAUGUAAUAAUUCACCUGGACAGUGGUCAUGUGAAUGUGAAGAACGCAAUUUUGCACCAGUUCAAAUAGAUGAAUUUACGAUGAAUUGCACAGUGUUUUCAGAUGGUUGUAAAAACAUGCCGUGUGACAACGGAGGAACCUGCCGUAUGAUAAAUGAUGAUCAAAAUGAGAUACAUUUUGAUUGUAUAUGUGCCGAAGGAUGGACCGGUAGUACAUGCCAAGAGGAGUACGAACAACCUUUACCUUUAGAGGAACCUGAAACGGAUCUUGAAACACCAUUUAUUGCAACCGGAAGUACUCUAGGUGGCCUUGUCAUUUUACUAUCAGUUGCUGUUUUGGUUGUAUACAGAUGGAGAGGUGCUAAGGUUAAAGAAGCGACAAAACAUUCGAAAAGAUAUUUAGAAAGAGACGGUUUCAAGCCGUUGGAGGGUUCAGUCAUAGAUGAGCAAUAUUUGGAUAACACGCAUAACGUUCAUGACAUAUCCUCAGAAAGUGGUUUCAGGACAUUUCCAGGAAAAUCGAGUCAUGGUGCGAAUGCUGGUAGUUUUAUAUUAAACGAUAAUCCACAUUCCAAAAGUUCCUUGCCAAACAGAAUGCAUGCAGAUACGAAUCUAAAUUUUGAAGGGAACCGAAUGUCUCUCCGACAAGAAAGCGAGAGACCAGCUUCCCCAUUGCCAGAUUAUAGUCGAACGAGCAAUGUGGAAAAUGGUGGCGUCCCGACAAAUGACAAACGUCGUUCCGAUGACUUUGACGGGUUUGGCGCCCCAACUAAAUUCUAAUUCUAUAACUGCACAGUCUAAUUAGGCAUGAAUUGAAUAUUCUGCGGUACCUUCUGAAAUUACAAUACAACUUUAGCAUAACUUGAAUUUAUAAGAAUUGUUCACUAGUGGAAGGUGCUGAUUGAUUGUCUGUAUGGAAAGAAAUUAUUUAGGCAGUAACGGCGCCUUACCGAGUUACCCGAUAGCCGGAUAUUUCCAUCCACAUUUACAACCAGUGAUCGAUUAUUUUUCUUUCAUAUCGUAUUUUCAAAAAUUAAAAGAAAUAAUUUAAAAGUAAAUACGAAUUAUUUUCUUUGAAUUCGCGCAUUCAUUCAUAAACUACAUCACGUGAGUCAUCUUACAAGAUGUUUGGACGAAGAGUUUUCCCAGCAGUAAUUCAAGAAAAGGUAUUGAGAUGCGCCGAUUGAAAGAUGAUAUCACCUCUAAGACUUCUAGUGGUAUUAAGAUAGACAAGUUUAAAAACGUUCUAUAAAUACCUUAAAGUUACGAGUGCCCGCGUUGUUGAGGCAAACUAUUCUACUGCAAAAAUAAAAUGCUGUGCUUUAUUUCUGUUGGUGAUAAAGACAUUCAGCUGGUUUGUGAAAGACCGGCGGGUCUAGCCAGGUGCCCAUCCGCGACUAGGUGUAUUCAUAUUUUCGAACACUGUGGGUUUUUUUUUUGUCAUAUUUUACUCACAUUACUGUGCAUUAUUUACAAUUAGACUGUGCAGUAUUUACAAUCAGACUGUGCAGUAUUUACAAUCAGAAUGUGCAUUAUUUACAAUCAGACUGUGCAGUUUUUACAAUUAGACUGUGCAGUAUUUACAAUCAGAAUGUGCAUUAUUUACAUUCAGACUGUGCAUUAUUUACAAUCAGACUGUGCAUUAUUUACAAUCAGAAUGUGCAUUAUUUACAAUCAGAUUGCGCAGUUUUUACAAUUAGACUGCAUUAUAAACGAUUUUCUUUAAAUCAGCUUUCGGUUAUAUUCGAAUUUUGUUCUAUUGUUAGAGCAUUUCAGACCAUACUAUAUCAAUUAAAUAUACAUGCUUUCAACAAUGUUUUUCACUGUUCCUUUGCCUUUUGCGAAACCAAAAAUUAAACAUUAUCUAUUUUGCAAUUGUCAUUGUUGAGCGCCAUCAGCAUG